AUGGCGAAAUGGCAGCUUGGAGAGCCAGGUGUGUUUUCCCUCACUGGGUGCCACAUCGGGGCUUGCCAGCCCUCUCAGCCUCGGGCUGCUGGGAGGUUUUCUCGGCCGAGGCUCGAAAAGUCUCCGAGCCUAGCGUCCAAGAACAGGCGUGCACGUGCUCAGAUAGAACAGAGCGUCUUUUCGCAGUGGCAACCAGUGGAGAUCGCAGCAGAGGAGGCUGCCCCGACGAAUAGCGGCCUCGCAUUGCAAUCGGCACAGGGCGACGCGGAGGAAGACGACGAAGAGGAUGAAGAGACCAUAAAGCGGUUGUUGGAUUGGCGACGCGAACCCGACGAAAAAGAAGCGCCACGGGGGAAGAUGACUCUAACCAGCUCCAACGACAUCUCCGCGCGCAUGCGCUGGCAGGUGGCCUUCGCCAAGGUGAGAGAAAAGACCGGAGUCGCCAGGCGGAACCAGCACCGCAUCGCCCUCACGAACAAGGUCAAGGAGUACCUCAUGUAUACCAACAGUCGAGGCUCAUGUAGCAAGUUGGUGAGAUCCCUGGAAAGCUAUGAUAGAUCCACUUGGAUGGAAAGGGAAGAGAUAUCCUACAAGAGGUUCACGGAGGGCUUGCUUGAUGAAGCUGAGACCUGGGUGACGAAGAAUUUCGAGGACAUGCAAAGUGCCCUGGAGCCAGUUGUCUUAAGCGAGCCUAAGCGCCAAUAUGACAUGAACGAGUUCGAGCGCAUGCUACGCAUGAACGAGCAGGAGAACGAGUGGUUGGAUGCGCAGCGGCGGAAGACGGAUGAGCUAAUGGACGUCCACGUCCGGCUGGUGUCGCGAUCCACAGCAAGCAUGGCCGACUCCAUCGCCAGAGUUAAGCAGGCCUUGACGUCGCUGGUCAACGAGAUCGCCGAAGGACUGCGUCGGCACAACAAGCUGGUGAAAGAGCACGAAGCCACAGAGGCCGAGCUCUAUGAUCUGGCCCGAAAACAGAAGCUACUGCAAACGGCUCUUGAGGAGUUCGAGGUGCGCAAGAAAGAAGCCACCGACAGGUACGCUCGAGAGCUGGAGACCCUGAAGACCGAGUACGGAAAGCUGAAGCGAGCAGUGGAGACCGCUCAGUCAGCUCUGGUGAAGGACACGGAGAGGUACAACCAGUUCUGGAGAAAUCUACUUGCAUCGUUGAAGUCCAAAAUCUCGGAUCAGCUCGAUGUCUUGGGGCAGGCACACAUACAGCGCAUCCGACGGCAGCGCGAGGUUCACGAGCGCCAAGGCAUCAUGAGGCGCAGCACGCUGGAGAAAGAGAUCCAGGAGCUCAGACGCCUUCUGAAGGAAAGGCGGACGUACCUCAAGGAAGCGCGGAUACGGCAAGAGCUGACAGACCUGCGACAGGAACUCUACGAAGCGAGGCUGCUUCUCUUUGAGCUGAACGCGCGAGCUGGGGAAGUGUCGGAGACUGGCGAUCCUGCAGAGGGAGAAGUGCUGCGAAAGCUGUGGAAGACAGGCGAUGCAACGAAGAUGCCGGAGUCAGGACUGCUUCCCCUGUUGGUCCAGCAGCUGCAGAUUCAGAGGCAGUGGCUGCUGGAUCGGGGCCAGGGCUUUUCGCUCAGUCUGCGACGACUCCUUCCGAAAGGCAGCGCUUAG